UUUUCCGAGGAUUUCGGUGACAUCAUCCGGGAGACGCUGCGCCGCACGCGGGAGCGCCACGGACAGGAGUGGCCGUCGGUGCUGCUGCUCAGCCUCACCCAGCUUUUCACGGAGCUGCUGCUCCAGGAGGGCCCCGACGUGCGGGGGCUCCCGGAAUUCCGGGAAAUUCGGGAUCUGGGCCGGAGAUUUUCCCUCUUCUUCAGCCUCCGGCACCUCCGGCACCGGCGGGCGCUGCUGCGGCUGCACAGCGAGGGGAUCCAGUUCGCGCUGCAGCCGGGAACGCCGGGAACGCCGGGAAUUCCGGGAAUUCCGGCGGGAAAUCCGGGAAUUCCGGCGGGAAACGCGGGAAUUCCGGCGGGAAAUCCGGGAAUUCCGGCGGGAAAUCUGGGAAUUCCGGCGGGAAAUCCGGGAAUUCCGGCGGGAAACUCAGGAAUCCUGGCGGGAAAUCUGGGAAUUCCGGCGGGAAACUCGGGAAUCCCGGGAAUCCCGGGAAUUCCAGGGGGUUUCCCGCUGACCCUGCCCUUCCUGGAGGUGCUGAGCGAGUUCUCGCCGCGGCUGCCGGGGCAGGACCGGGCGCCCCUGCUGGCGCUGCUGGAGCGAAGGUGCCGCGAGCGGGGGCUGGGCCCCGAUUUUGGGGGGAAUUGCGGGGAUUUGGGGGCUCCCCUGCUCUGCUACCGCCGCUCCCUGAGCGCCCCCCAGGCGGCCCCGAGCGCCGGCUCCAGCCCGUGGCCCCCCAGCCCCAAUUUGACCUCGACCCAGCUCAGGGGGGGCCCCCGGAGCCGCCCCCCGAAACCCGGCCCUGAGCCGGCCCAAACUGGGAGCGACUGGGAGCAACUGGGAUGGACUGGGAACCCAAACUGGGAUGGACUGGGACGGCUGGGAACCCAAACUGGGAUGGACUGGGAACCCAAACUGGGACGGACUGGGAGCCACUGGGAGUGACUGGGAUGGACUGGGA